AUGUCAAUGUCAGGAAGGUCGCCAAGGCCGAGACUUUUCUCGACUGGUGGUAUUGGUGAUGCGUAAGUUGGUUUUCGUUAUAACUUUGUUGUAAGAUGUCAAAUGUGGAUGAAAUCUUGUAGAUAUAAUGGAAAUUUGUGAUUAUCUUUGUCUAAAUUUUGAUUUUGAUCAGAAAAUUCAUCUUUGAGAUAUGGAGUUUUUUCUGAUAUUAUCUAUGACAUCUGCUGUUGUAGACGAAUUUUAUGUUUUGUUUAAUAGUUUAAAUUAGUUUUUUAGUAUUUUUUGUUCUGUUGUUAAAAAGAAGAGUAUAUGCAGCAACUCAUGAGUUUUUUUGUGUUCAAAGCUUUAUAUUUUAUAUUAAUUUAACUCAUGGGGUCAAGUCUCAUAAUAAGUUACGUUUUCUUGCAGAAGCUUUAUGUAAUAUAAAAUACUGAUGAAGUUUGAAUUAUACAAAGCUUAAAGUGUUGUUUAGCUUUUACUAAAGUAUUAUUAUUAUUAGUCAAUUCAGUUCUUUGAAACGGCUCUUUUUCUUAUAUUAACUAUGAUGUCUGUUGCUGCUGACGAAAUCGUUUGAUUUCAAUAGUCUAAAAAUAAAAUAUUUUAAAGAUUUUAACUGAAAAGUUAGGCAUGAGUUUAUUUAUUUAUUUUCGAUUAAGUUUAGGUAAUAAAAACUUUGUUUUUGCGUUUAUUUUAUUGUAAUAGUUCAGCAGAUCAUGUCCUAUGAUAAUAUGGUUGUUUAUUCGAAAAUACUAAUUUAUUCGGGCAGUUUUUGUUUUUUGUUAGUUUAAAUGGAUUUUUAUGUAUUUUAAGAAUAUGAGGUACAAUUUUAAAGUCUUUUCUGAUUUUUUAAUUGUUCGUUAUAUUAGUUUUUGGCUUUACAAUUGAAAUUUUUUGAAUUUCAGCAUAGAUUAUGUGUCAAACAGUUCGGCCCGAGGCUCGGAUGGGUUUCAUUGUCACGAAUUGACAAGUGAGCAAGUGGAGAACAAGAAGCGUGCUAUUCGAGUACUAUGGUUGAGUGUCAUAGUCUGUUUGUUGUUCAUGAUCUGCGAGAUCGUUGGUGGCUGGUGGGCAGCCAGUUUGGCCAUCAUUACUGAUGCUGCUCAUUUGGUAGGUCUUUUUAACUUUAUGGUAUGGUUUUUGGUUUUAUUAUAGGCGUUUUGUAAAAUACGAUAUUUUUUGUUUGGAUUUGCAUACAAAUUGUAUCAAAUUAUAUUGUUUUAGCUGACAGAUUUGGCCAGUAUGUUGAUAUCGUUAUUUUCCUUGUAUUUGGCCUCACGUCCGGCUUCACAAAGGAUGAGUUUUGGAUGGCAUAGAGCUGGUAAUACUUUUUGAGUGUUAAAUUUUAAAAUUUGGGCAAUUUAGAAGUGAUAUAGGGGUCGGAACAUCAACUAGGAUUCAGCUGUCAUGGGUAAUAUAAAAAUGGUUGUAUUUUUUAAAAUUAUGACAUUUUUAGAAAAAUCUUUGCUGAAGAAUGUCAGAAAUAGUCUAGUGAAGCUAUAAAAACGUGCUUUAGGUAUCUACUGUCGGUAGUUAUGUUGUUAUAGAGAUAUAAAGUCAUAUUCAUGUUUUGCUGUCUAGUAUAAUAUAAAAAUGGCUGUAUCUUUGAAACUAAUAAGUUUCUUGAUAAAUCGUUGAUUCUAAAUGGUAAAAAAAAAGAUUUUAGUUUACGAGAAAUGGCAUUUGCCAGAGAUACAAACAAGAAUUAUAUUGAUAUAGACAUUAGAAGUGUCAUUGAUGUAGGUAUAAGCGAAGAAGGCCAUUUUAAAGAAUUUUUCUGAGAAAUUAUAAACUAAAUGCCAUUUUUCAAUUACUUAUAAUAAUUUUGUGAUAUUUCAGAAGUUGUUGGAGCCUUCGUAUCGGUAUUCAUGAUCUGGGUGGUGACAGGAAUCUUGGUGUAUCUGGCGGUCGAACGUAUCAUAACAGCCAAGUACGAGAUUGAUGGUGAAAUUAUGGCUAUCACAGCUGCCAUUGGUGUCGGUGUUAACAUUAUGUAAGUGAAAAAAUUUUUCGAUUGGCUGAAAAUGACUGUUUUGGGCUAAAAUAAUGGAAGUUGUUGCCUAAAAAUGGUGUUUUCCGGGCUUUUUGGGUUUUAAAGUGCUAUUUUUAAUGUUGGGUGGGUAGAAAAAUACGAUAUUGAGGGUUUUCUGUACUUAUAAAUGUUAUUUUUAUUACUUUUGAAGUUUAAAAAUGGCAGUUUUUUUCAAAAAAAAUUGUAAUAAGCCUAUUAGCUUGUUCAAAUAAUAAUGAGCCACUUUCAAAGCAAAUUUUUCAUUGUUAAGUGGCACAGAAUUAUUUGAAAAGUUUUAAAAAAUGCACAAAUUCCUAUCAAAAUGCUCAGUAUAAUAUGACUUUGUUACAGUAUGGGCCUCCUACUGUACUGCGGAGGUCAUGGUCACAGCCAUCUGGGUGGUGGAAGUCAUAACCAUUCUCACGACGAACCUCACGAACAAACCGCGCUCCUUCGAUCAGCUUCCGGCACUAGCAAUGGCUAUCAACCGAUCGAGGAAGACGUGGAAGACAACCAUAGUCACGAUGAUAAGAGAGGUCCUGAGGUGAAUAUCAAUGUAAGAGCGGCGUUCAUUCACGUUCUCGGCGACUUGUUGCAAAGUUGCGGUGUUUUGGUGGCGGCACUGAUCAUAUUGUGGAAGGUAAGGUGUUGGUGUUUUGGGUUUUUUGGGCGGGGUAAAUUCGGGGGAGGGGGUGUAGAAGUGUGAGGGUUAAUUUAGGCUAGGAAAAGGUUAGGAGGGUAAGGCAAUUCAAUAUGAGUGUGGAUGGGGAACUUUGAUUUUUUGGGCGUGGUAAAUUUGGGGGUGGAUUUUGGGGAGGGGGUGAUGUGUGGGAGUUAAUUUAGGAUAGGAAAGGUUGUAAAAGUAAGAUAAGUCAAUAUGAAGUAGGGUAUGGAAAUUUGAUUUUUUGAAGGGGGGGGGGUAAAUUUGGGGGUAGAUUUUUGGGCAUGGGGAUUAACUUAGGGUAUGAGAAGGCUAGGGGAACUGAGGUAAGUCAAUAUGAGCCAGAAUAGAGAAGUUUGUUUUUUUGGGCGCGGUAAAUUUGGGGUUGGAUUUUCAAAAUAAUUUUUUUUUAAUUUUUAUUUUUCAGCCAGAAUGGGGCAUAGUCGAUCCAAUCUGCACUCUCCUCUUCUCCGUCAUCGUCAUGUCCACCACCUUCUACAUUAUCCGCGACGCCCUAGUGGUACUGCUAGAAGGACGACCAUCUUCCAUUGAUUUCCGUGAAGUCUUCAACACACUGGAGAGCAUCGACGGUGUCAAAAAGGUCCACAACCUAAGGAUUUGGGCUCUCACAAUGAACAAAAUUGCCUUAUCAGUACAUUUGGAAAUCGACCAAGAGACCGACGCUCAAGUUGUAUUGAAGUCGACCAGUUUAAUGUUGAAACAAAAGUUUGGCGUCCAUGAAUCGACCAUUCAAAUCGAAGAUUUUCAAGCAGAAUCAGCCGAUUGUAAUGAAUGUCAGCCGCCAACGGCGUGA